CUCUAGGCUCUGCCACACAUUCUUCUUGGCCUGAGAGUUGAAGAAAUGUGCUGCUUUGUUGCGAUUUCUUAGGCAGUUUUUUGGGUUGUUAGCUGGUAGUAGUAGAGUAUUUCUGUGCUAUUUGAGAAACAUCCUCAUAUGGAUAGGGGAAUUCGGUGGUUAUUUUAACUGUUUGCUAGGGUUUACGAUUUGUUCAAUUUGACCUCAGGGCAGUUAAGGGAUCAAAUGACCUUUUUAUUCCAACUACCACCUCCUGGCCACCUCCAUCUCCUUUUGUCCUUUUUAUUUAUUUAUUUACUUUCAUGUGGGUGGAAAGCAGGGCAUUGCCUGUGAUGAAUUACCUGUUGCUGACAUGAUGCCUGUGAAAUUUGAGCGCCGGUGAAGGCCAGGUGGCUGGUCAAGCCGCAGAUUUUCCGUGGCAAAAUAGAGAAAAGCCCCUCCAUAGCUUUCUUCUGUAUCCAAUUUCUUCAACUGCUUGUCCUUGGCUAUUUAAUUAGUCAGCAGUCGCUAUUCCCUCGCAAAAGCCAGAAACUUGGAAGAUAUCAUAGUCUAUACAUACAGCCAAAAACUACUAAUUUUUUGUAUGUUUCUUUCCAUCUGUAGAGUGGUACGAAUAGCUUUCUGCUGAGUUGUACUGAUUCAUAGGUUCCUCUUUGUUCCUAUCCAGGAUCUUGAGUCCAGAGUCAAGAACUCAAGACAGACAUCGACUCUUAAAGGAAAAUAACUUCUUUAAUUAUGUUAUAGGGAAGAAUAAAAAUAUAUAAUAAGAACAAGAUGCCUCAAGACAGUUUCAGAUCAGUGGUUUGCAGGUCCCUUUCAAAGAGUCAUCCCUCCAGCUCCAGGAGCAAAGAUGGCGGCUAUCCUGAAAGGACUCAGUGUGAUGCCCCUUAUGUUGUCACACUACGACCCACAGUCUGCCGAAGCUGCCAAAGCCAGGAUUGGCGCCCCUCGCAAAUCAACCGGGAGGAGAGGUCCAUCUUAUCGCAAAGAGAUUACGUGAUGGGUUCCACACUCUCGAGGCAUUUUGCCGAGGACCUCCUUAGGGGUGCUAUGGACCUCCAGGACUCCCUUGUGAUGCUUGAGAAGUUCCAAACAGUGUCACAGAGCAUGCGGCAAUCGACUAAGCAGAGAAGGCCAGGGAAUGGCGAGGAAUCAUUUGACGUGACCGGAAUCCAUGAAGCACUCUUCGAAGCAUCAACCGCCAAGAAGCUGGUCCCUGGAAGUGUCAGCUGUAGAUUCGAUGGGCAACUAAGGAAUUCUACCGACGAGCUGAAGAGAGUGAUCAAGGACAGCCUUUACAGGGUGAAACUCUUGUCAGUGUCCUCCAAUGGUGAGCAGCAGGCCUCCUUGAGUCAGUCAUCACAGAGCACGCCAAACAAUACCGCCGUAUCCAAGUCUACUAAGCAGAAGAAGGUGGUGCCAAGAUCAUUAUCGUGUCCACCUGUGCAACCUGACAAGUCCAAAACCCCAAGUUUGGUACCAACAAAUAAAACCCCGAGUUUGGUAGCAAGGCUCAUGGGCCUUGAAGGUUUGCCCCCACACAAGGGAAAUACCGCCAAGAAAGAUAAGACACUGAAGACAGUAACUUCACCAAGGGCGCAGUUUGAUAUUGACAUGCCUAAGUCAAAACCACUACCAGCAGAAAAGCUACCAAGACAGUCGUUAGGAAAGGACUUGCAACGUAAGGGGAAGGCAGGGCAGGAAAUGAUGAAGACAACCCAAGUCAAGAGGCUUUUAAAUACCAUGAAUUCUGAUGAGCGCAAGGUCCAGCAGCACAAUGUUCAGAUGGAUUUUCCUUAUUUUCAUGAGCACACCCUUCCUUCGCAAGAUACCUCAGCGGCUACUGAAGUUGGCUCGGUGAAAUCAAUCCAAAGAGAACAAAGGAUGGGCCAAGCUCAAACCAGAACCCCCAAGGAUGUGAAGGUUGUAUCUCAUAUAACCCGAAAGCAGCACAUAGAACAAAAAAUUGAGAUCAACAGUAGAAGCAGCAAUAAACAGAAAUAUCAUUUGGCUGAUAGGAAGGGAGAAAGGAGGAAGGAUGUGAAGGCUAAGGCAGCAUCAGCAUCUCACACUAAAGCUAAACUAGUGAAGAAGACUGAGAAGAAAUCGGUUGCAUCAAGUAGCAAUCCUUCAACAUGCCGUACAAUGAAGCCGGUCUUACGAAGAACACCUGGUAGUUCCAGAGAGAAAAUAGUGUCAAGUAGAAAUGUGAACAACUCAAUUAUUGAUGACAUUGUGGCCUAUGAGGUGCACAGAGAGUUCAUCCAAACUGAUUGUCCAUCCACAGAACAUAGUGCGACACCUAGUGAUGAAAGCUGCCAGAGCGCUGAUUGGGACACAGAACCUUCCAUCGAUGACACUCAGGAAGAUUUAAGCAGGUCCAGUGAAGCUUCACCGAUUUCCAGCCAAAGCAGCCCAUCAAUAAACAGAACACCAAAAAAGGAAGUUGAAAUAAAAGACGAGAUGAGUUUGCUUCUCCUAAGCAACAAGUCAUUCGUUAACCAAGCAGCACAACUCAUAGGCAUUAACUCAUAUGAUUAUGACCAUCUGAUCGAGCAAUACAAAGAUACCAGCAAGGCUGAAAUGGGAGAUCGUGAACUCUACACAGACAUAGCAAUAGAGCAACUGGAACGAAAACAUCGUCAGCAGAAUAGCCUGUAUUACACCGGAUUCAGGACCCAGAAAUGCGGAGCAACACCAUACUUCUCCCUCGAGGCAUUGCUAGGUGAUAUCAGCGAUGGGACCCGAAAGCUGAAGAGCUACACUGACGACAAAGACGACCAUGGCAGUGGCACCAAAGACAGUAUGUCCAUGAAGCUGGAGAGGGAUCUUGGAUGCACGGACCCGUCGAUCAACAGCGCGUGGGACAUGGGGUGGCAGGAUUGGAUCUGCAUGGAGGAAACGGAGUGCUGGGUAAGGGACGCCGGGGAGGACGUUCUGUCCUUGCUCAUUGAGGAGGUUGCUUUGGAAAUGCUGGUAAACUGACCAGAGAAAGAUGGGAAGUAGGAGAGGUUCUUGCCCUGUCGUGGAGAUUUAGCUGUAGUCUGUACAUCAUUGGCACAGCUCGUGCUUUCAGUUGCUUUUUCUUUAAGAGUUGGUCACGUUUGUUUUUCCUGAUGGGGGCUCUUUGCCUUGGUUAAGAAACUACUGUAAUCUGUGCAUGUUAGACUAUGUAUAGCUUCUGUACUUAUGUACGUAUUGUAACACAUCCAUUAUAUAUAAUGAGAUAAGCUACCCCUAGAGGGUUGUGCUGGUUC